AUGCCCCAAGCCUUCAUCCCAGAGUUAGCUUGGUUUAAAGUGAUGUUAUACGUGGCAACCCAAUCAUCAGAAGAUCUCUUCCGUAUGGCAUCUGUGUGCCCAUUAUUCCAUACGUUGGCAAACACUUCACAACUGUGGAACACCAUUUCAAUGGCAAAGUACCCAGACCAUCCUAGUUGGUACCAUGGCAAUCCUGCGAUCCAGCUUUUCUUGCAACAAUGCAGGGCUUGCGAGAACCCUGAGUUGUUAUUUAGAGAAGCGUUCGAAGUGUUUUUCAUGCAGGGUAACGUGGAAGUGUUGUAUGGGAUGUGCAUUGCAGCCACAACAGGCUAUAUGGAAGCUACAUAUCUAGUUGGACUACUUGGCAUGUCCGGAUUUGGUCAGUCAAAAGAGGAUGCAUAUGAAAGGAACCAGGGAUGCUUUGAGACGAAGAUUAAACCGAGUUUUCUCUGUUGCUAG